AUGAAAAUUUUAUUAAAUUUAAUUAAAUUUUUAACAAUUAUCAUUUUAUUAUUUAAUCAAAAUUUAGUUGAUUGUAAAAGAUAUAAGUAUGGUGAUUCAUUACCUGUAAAUCAAAAUAUAGAAAAUUAUUACAAUAGUAUUGAUAAUUAUCAAAAUGAAUUAUUAGGAAUUAAAAAGAAAUUAAUAGACACAACAAUCAUCGAUAACAACAACAAAAACAACAAAGAAAAUACAAAUAAAAAUGAAUUUAUGCAAGAAAUUUCAAAUUUAGAAUAUUCAGUUUCAGAUAAUUGCUCAAGUAUUUUUUUAGGAAUUAUGAUGAGUAAUCCAUUAAUGGCAAUGUAUAGUGGUGUUGGAUUUAAUGAGUUGGGAAAUUACGAUUCAUGUAUAUCAUUACCAUCAAAUGUAAGUCAAUAUUGUUUAUUUGAUGGUACAGUGGAUGGAUUGUUACCAGUUUUAGUUGGGGUUUGUUAUCCAAGUGCAAUUUAUUGCUCAACAGAGGAUGUCUUAGGUUUAAUGACACAGUAUUCAAUAUUAUCAUUAUUACAAUCCAAUAUGACACUUAAUGCAACUACAAUGUUAAAGUGUUAUAAUGAAACCAACCCAACUUUUACACCAGCCACAAAAAAUGUAGGAACAUGGGUUAUGACAGGUAUUUCAGGAUUUAUAUUAUUGAAUGUUAUAAUUGGUACAUUGGUAGAUUAUUUAUUCUUUUUCAAAUUGGUAGCCCUUAGAAAGAGAUAUGGGGGCAACAAUAACCCAUAUUCAUUAUUAAAUCCAAAAAGUUAUUUUGAAAGUAAUUACAAUAAUGUAAAUAAUAGUUCAAGUUAUGGUAAUAGUAGUAAUGGUGAUGACAAUAAUAAUAGUUUAGAUGAUGAAGAUGAAUCCAAUAAAAGAAUUGAAGACCCAGAACCUCCAUUUUAUUUUUCAAUAUUGGAUCAAUUUGAAAAUACAAAUCAUUGGUUUAUAAAAUAUCUAUUAUGCUUUUCAUUAGUAAAGAAUUUCAAUUCAUUAGUAUUUAAUUCAAGUCAAAAGCGUCAUUUCGAUUCAUUGGAUGGUAUCCGUACAUUAUCAACAUGUUGGGUAAUUUUAGGUCACAGUAUAUUAUUCGGUGCUUUAGGUUUAGGUUACGAUAAUUUAAUGUAUAUCAUUGACUAUGCAUUUAAGCCAUUCACUUUUCAAGCUGUACCAGCUGGUGAAUUUGCUGUUGAUAAUUUUUUCAUGUUAUCUGGUUUUUUAGUAGUUUAUUCAGUUUUAAAUCAAUUGAAUAAAAAUCAAAAUCAAACUCAAAAUGAUAGUAAAUCAAAUAUUGGUACAAUUAAAUUUUGGUUAAUGUAUUUAAUUCAUAGAUUUAUUAGACUAAGUCCAUUAUAUUACUUUUUAUUAUUUUUUUCAACUUAUGUUAUACCAAUUAUGGGUACUGGUCCAGCAUGGUAUAUGUAUUAUAAUUUUUCAUAUGAAGAUUGUAAUGCAAAUUGGUGGGUAAAUUUAUUAUAUUUUAAUAAUCUUUAUACAACUUUAGCAAAUGAAUGUUUCCCAUGGGCAUGGUAUUUAGCAAAUGAUAUGCAAUUCUUUAUCAUUACACCAAUAUUUAUAAUUUUAUUUAGAAAAUGUAAAAUUGUAGCUUGGAUUCUAGUAGUUGGUUUAAUUGCAGGUUGCAUUAUCAAUUCGACCAUCAUUUCAUAUCACUACCAUCUCACACCAUUCUUUGAUAUGAUGUCAAGUUCAUCAGUUAACCAAUCUCAAUCUUUUAUCACCGAUAUUUAUCAAAAGCCAUGGAAUAGAAUUGGUCCUUAUCUAGUUGGUAUUCUAAUCGCCUUCAUCUAUUGUGAUCCAAAAGCAAGUAGACGUGUUAGAUAUAUCUAUCAUUUUAAAUUGGCUCGUUACACCAUUUAUGCAGUAGCUUUGUUUAUUACUUUCUUUUUAUCUUAUAUUCCAUACACCUUUUAUAAGAAUGCAUGGUCCAACUAUCAAAAUGCUUUGUUCUCUGGUUUCGCUCACACCUGGUUUACCAUUGGUUUGGGUUUAUUCAUGAUUGCUACAUUCUAUGGUUAUGGUGGUGUAUUAAAAUGGUUCUUAGAGUUGGGUAUUUGGAAAUUCUUUUCAAAACUUACUUAUUCCGCUUAUUUAGUUCAUCCAUUGGUCAUCAUGUAUAGAAUUUAUUCAAUGUCAAAUUUAUUACAUUACAGUGUCAUAGAAUUUUCCUAUAUGUAUGUUGGUAAUAUAGCUUUAACAUUUGCUAUUUCAUUUGUUAUUCAUCUCUUAAUUGAAAAGCCAUUUAUAAAUUUAGAAAGAUUAUUAUUUUCAUCCUCUUCUUCAAAAUCAACAACAAAAUUAUAA